CCACCCAAAAGAAAUAAACUUUGAAUUUAUUCUAAAUAGAGUAGGAAUCUGUUAUAAAAUUCAACAUCAAUGAAAUCCAUUUAAAUAACAUUAAAUCAUCUAGGACCACUAUAAUGGGUACUCCAGAGGACAGCUUAAAUAGAUUGAGGUUAAGGAAGAAACAGAUUGACAUAUGUUGAGUCUAUAAUGUUAUAUGACUUUGCUCAUGAAUAUGAGAAUUACCUAUGAUUACAUCAUCAAUAACACAGCAAGAAUAGGAGCCAACCACUUCUCUUCUGUGUCUGCUGAAUAAUCCCUGAGAAAUGCGUGUGUCUUAGGAGUUUAGGGAGGCAAUGUAAUUACAAGACAGUCCAUAUGUCCAAGAGGCAAAGCUCACUUUGAGUCACUCGGUAGUCUGCUGUCACAUGUUCUGAUUCUUGUGAAGGGCUGCACACGAAUCUGUAUGGCGUGAGGUCAGCUUCGACAGCUUCCACACCUUCAAAGCUAGUACCACAACUCACAAAGAGGAAGUCUGGCCUGCUACGUGGCCAAACUGCCCAGGUCUGUGGCUGCCUUUCUCAGAAAACCAAAACUAACAGGUACAUACAAGGCGGUCUCUGCUAAAGGACUCUGCUGAGGGAGGAGAACAUGUCAAUCCUGACUUACAUAUUACCCUGAGCUCUCCAGGAUGCAACCAUGGACUCCCUUUCCAGGAUCUAGCUGUCUCAACGCUGAGCCCUUGACUGAACGAAGGCUGGCCAGGCUGAACUGAAGAUCCCUCUCAUUUGCCAGGGACCAAGGACAAUGACCAGCCAGGGCAAUAAAAGGACAACGAAAGAAGGAUUCAGUGAUCUGAGAUUCCAGAACGUCUCUCUGCUGAAAAAUAGGUCAUGGCCCCGCCUCAGCAGUGCCAAAGGGCCGUGCCGGGCAGUUCUGGAACCACUUCCGGAUCAUAGAAGGAACUUGGCUGUGAUCCCAGAUGGAGAAAAAUGCAGCAGUAACAACGACUAUGAAGACCCUGAGCUCCAGCUGCUGAGGGCGUGGCCGUCGAUGAAAAUUUUACCAGCCAGACCUAUCCAGGAAUCAGAAUAUGCAGAUACACGCUAUUUCAAGGAUGCAAUGGAGGCUCCCCUUCUGUUACCUCCCAAGCCUUCUGUCUCCACUGAGAGGCAAAUCAGGGAUGUAGGGAUGAAUCCGCAGAAAGAAGAUGUGGACAAGCCUACCUCCAAGAAUGUCAGAAGUCAACACUUUAAAGGAUUCAAAUACACAAAGGUGAACAAGACUCCUUUGCCGCCUCCUCGGCCUGCUAUGACUCUCCCCAAAAAGUACCAACCCUUACCCCCAGCACCACCAGAGGAAAGCAGUGAACACUCCCCUCCAAAACAUACCUUUCCAGAAGCCCAGAGGGGGCCCAGGCAGAGGAGCUCAAAAGACUUCAGUAAGGUCCUUGAAGCAGAAGAAGAAUCUCAUCACCAGACAAAGCCAGAAUCUCCUUGCCCAUCACCAAGCCUAAACACUCAGAAGAGUCCACCUGCCAUUGCCAGCUCUUCCUACAUGCCAGGAAAGCACAAUAAACAAGCCAGAGACCAUACAGGUAUCAUGCAACACUGUCCUCCUCAGAGAUGCCAAGCUGCAGCCAGCCACAGCCCUCCUGUGCUGUCCUAUGAAAACACAAACUCAGAGAAACCUGUCCCCACAAAGUUUGAUGAAAAGGAUGCCCAGCAGAAUGAAUGGUACAUUGGAGAUUACAGUCGCCAGGCGGUGGAAGAGGUGUUAAUGAGAGAGAGCAAGGAUGGUACUUUUUUGGUCCGAGAUUGUUCCACAAAAUCCAAGGCAGAGCCCUAUGUUUUGGUGGUGUUUUAUGGGAACAAGGUCUACAAUGUGAAAAUCCGCUUCCUCGAGAGCAAUCAGCAGUUUGCCCUGGGCACAGGACUCAGAGGAAAUGAGAUGUUUGAUUCUGUGGAAGACAUCAUUGAACACCACAUGUAUUUUCCAAUUGUGCUAAUAGAUGGGAAAGACAAGGCUGCACACAGGGAACAGUGCUACCUCACCCAGCCACUGCCUCUUGCCAGGCACCUUCUGACUCAGUACUCCAACCAGACACUUCAUGAGGAAGAAGACCAGUGGGAGGAACAAGAGCCCUUAUGAAUACCAGCUUGAAGGCAGACAGCAGAAAUAUGUGGACUAUGAUGUGAAGUGGCCACAGGUCCGGACUUUGGCCUGUUCUGUGAACCGUGACGUCAAUGGAACUAGCAGAUCCAUAGCGAGGACCUCAGAGGACCCCGGCUCCUCCCAAGCAUAAAGCAAACAUUCAUUCGAGUAACAGUGAAGACAUGUCUAAUAGUUUAAUGAUACAUUUCCAUUCAAAGGAAGAGAAGAGCUGUCCUCAAAGGAGCACUGAUGCUUACAACAGCACAGCACAUGGUGAUGCUGUUUCUUCUCGGGCAAAGAGGAUGUGCAUGUAUUCCUACUUCCUAACACAGAUGAGGCAGUGGAACCUCAAAGAAGCUACUGAUGUAUUUUAGUAAAAGACACAAGUCCAGCUCGCAACCCAUUUUGCCUGUUCCGUGUCACUGCAUCAUCCCAGUUAUACCAUCUACACUGGGAUGUUUAAAUUGAGCUAGAGCAGGGAGGGAAGAAGGGUGGGAGGGAGGGAGGAUCGGAGGGACAGAGGGACGGAGGGACAGAGGGAGGGAAGGGGAGAGGCUCUAAAAAUACAUAUUUAUCUACCAUAAAUCCUUAUACUACAGUAAGUUCACCAAAAUGAAAUAAAUAGGUAUACCAUAUGCCAUGACUUCAGUUAUUACCAAAUGCCACAUGUAAAAUUCAUGGAGCACCGAUGAAAUUUGAGUUUUCAUGAAGAAAUAAAACCAGACAGAAGGCAGGAGACGGAGCUGAGUUGGUAGAAUGCAGUCCUACCCCCAGGUUAAAUCCCCAGCCCCGUCUAAAACUGAGUGCGGUGGUACACGCCUAUAAUUAUAGCACAAGGUGGAUAAAAGGCAGGAGGGUCAGACUCAAAAAUAUCCCUCGCUAUAUAGCAAGUUUAAGGCCUGCCUGGAUUAUAUAAGACCAGGCUCAGACAGACAGACAGAGACAGAGAGACAGAAACAGAGACACAUUGACAGAGACAGAGAGACAUUGACAGAGACAGAGAGAGACAAGGAGACAGAGACAAAAAUCAAACGAACAUAGAACAAACAGUCCCCAGCAUGAUCUCUUCUGUAAAAUAGCAGACAAGAUGCUCUCAGGGAAGGGUUCUUGGCAUCUACCCACAGACACGUGCUUGGUGUUCCUUACAAGGCCAAGGGCAUGCAAUGCAUCAGCUAGACAGGAGGUGACAGCAAAGUGCCUCCUAAAGCUGGACAAAGGGGAGUGGGCAGAGGAGAUGGGAACAUGUUCUGUGCUACCACCUAUAGAAGGGGGAAAGGGACAGCAGAAAACAUGCAAGCCUGAGCCACAUCUCUGAACCGUCUCAUCCAUGCCAUCCUACGAUAAAGACCAGAGUUUGCCCAUAGACUAGAGCGUCAUGCUAGGCAGAAAAGGUCAGGAUCUGGUGCCUCUCUAUGCCAACUCAUUGACUGGAUAUCUGAACUUUAAUUUCUGUGGCAGACACAGAAAGUACUUGCCAGGGACUUGUCCACUGAGUUGCUGGUCCAUAUCCCUGUGCUUACUAUUUCUGUGUCUGUUACAGUAAGAGCAUUUUGCUUGCAAUAGACAGUUAGAGGAUAGCAUAUGAAAAUUAAGUGCAUUUUAUUCUUAGGAUAGAUACUUCUAACACUUUGGCUAGAUCUCAAUGACAAUGUGCUUGUAUGUAAAGCAGGAGCUGGGAAGUACACUUUUUCUGCUCUCCAUUUCUUGAUUUUAUUAGAUGCCUGGCUAAAAAUCCAGCGAUGGGUCGGACACUAGGGUGUUUUUAUCUUUCCAACUCUUAUCUCACUUUCCAUUUUUUAAAUGUCACUGAAGUAGGAUGGUGGAAUUUCAGCUUCAUCUGAUUAUAGCAUCUGCGUACUCCAGAGAUUUCUUUUGGACCGCGUAUCCACACAGAGUCUGAAUCUGUGUCUCAUCCAGUUAUCAUGCAGGAUUGUCACAACCCUUGCUGCAUGCUACGUGUGUCCUUGUUGCUAGGGGCUGCUGUAGAUGUUGGAAGCAUUGGAGUGACUGAGAGACACAGGCCAGCAGGUGCCCGAAUAAAUACAUAAUCCAGCUUGCCUUCCCUUUCCUCUUCUGUAGCUCUGUGUUAAUAGAACACCAAGAUCUUUGGGCUGAGGAUAAUGUUAAAUAUUUUUUUUAAAACUCCUGUAAUGUGACUUUUAAAAGGUCCAGAAAUCAGAAACUAUUUCAACAACUUAGUUGAGAGGAGGCUUUUCUUCCAGGAGUAAAAAGUUGUGGAUUUGGGGAGAAGAAAACAACUGAUGAAUACAUUAUAUCUAUAAGCAAUUCAAUCCAUUCUAAAUAUAAUGAAAAGGUCAAGCCUAGCUCAUUGUCAGAUACAGU